ACCGACACCUUCAAACACCACAUGACGCAUAUCACUCUAUGAUUGGAAAGGCACAUACUCUACUAGAAGAAAUGUUUAAUAUGUUUAAUAUGAAUGUUAAAAAUUCUUUUAUAGAGUAUUGGAAACAGAUCGAAAAGCCUACACAUUG